CACAAUGGUAAUGAACAAAGUACGAAUUUUCUUGAAGAGCCCCUGCUGGAGUCCACCCAGCCUCGGGGCACGGGGCAGGACGAAGAAAACCUAGGCGGCUUUGACGGCCCAUCGGUAAUCAAGAACCUCGCGCAGAUGAGCGUCUUGUUCAUCCCAUUGCUCCUCAACCUCACGUGUGCGUACGGCAUUAAUCUUUCGACCCUAGCCUUCGUCGGACAUUUGGGUACAGACAGCCUGGCCGCAGCGGCGCUAGGCACAUCAAUUGUGGGCAUGCUUGGCCGAACGGUUCUGUACGGCUUGGUGGGCGGACUUGACACGCUCGCAUCCCAGGCAUACGGCGCUGGCAACCUUGCGGCCAUGGGCGCCCAUUUCCGUGUCGCCACCUUGUUCCUGCUGCUACACCUAGCGCCGCUCCUGGCACUGCUGGGGGCUCUGCCGCUGCUGCUGCGGCGUGAGGAGACGGAAGAAGACCUGGGCAUCAUGGCGGGGCGGUACGUGCGGCUAAUGCUGCCGUCGUUGAUUUUCGAGUCCUUCAACAGGCCCAUGAAUAGCGUGCUGGUUGCACAGCGAAUUACGGCGCCUCAAAUGAUCAUACAGGUGAUUGCCCUGACGCUGCACAUUUCCACCAACUAUGUGAUGAUCCAUGUGCUGGGUCUGGGCUACCUGGGCGGUGCUGUGGCGACCAGCUGCACCGCAGCCUAUGUGCUACUCAUGACCAGCUCCUACGUGCUUUGCUCGGGCCUGGGUCCCCGUGUCUGGGGGGCCCAGGGUGUGCAGACGUCAACCUGGACGGCCCUGCGUUCCUUUGGGAAGCUGUCGUAUCCCGCUUGCGUCAUGAAGUGUGCGGAGUCGUGGGGGUUCAGCUUCAUGACGGUUGCGGCGGGCAAGCUACCGGACCCGGGGACGGCAGUUUCAGCGGCCAGCAUCUCUUUUAACAUCUACGGUGUCCUGUUCAUGUGCUUUUCCGCAUUCGCCGUCACUACCUGCACGCAAGUCGGCAACGCGCUUGGCGCAGGAAGCGCGCGCGCCGCUCGGCACGCUGCCCUCACAGCCUUGUGCACGGCCCCAAUGCUUUGGGUGGGCAUAGCCACGCUGCUGGUCGAGCCGCAUACCCAACGUUUGCUGACUCUUAUAUUCACGGAUGGCCACGACACGAGCCUCACGUAUCACCUGCGCCGAAUGUUGGUGCUGGUAGCGGCGCUGGAGCUGUUCGACGGUUCUCAGGUGGUGAUGACUGGCGUCAUACAGGGCGCCGGGAAGCAGCGCCUGGGUGUGUUGGUCAACGUAUUUGCUUUCUACGUGGCAGCCAUCCCAACUGCCCUGGUGCUUGCCUUCGUGCUGCAGUGGGGCGUAGAGGGCAUGUACAGUGGCAUGCUGCUGGGGCCAGCCAUACAGGCGGCAGCUUAUUUUGCGAUUAUACUGAGGUUGGACUGGAGGGAGGAGGCCAGGAGAGUGGCAGCCAAGGCGGCUGCGCGUCAGGAACGGGACUGCGAAGAGUUGCCUUAG